GAUUUGCGUCUUCUUGCCCAACCGGCACCCAGUUAGUUACACCUGUGAAGCGGAGACGGUGACUGGUUAAGAACACCCUGAACUUACGCUUCUUACGCCCACUUCACGUACAAGCAGCACCAGUGGUCUCAGGGUUUCAUCCACGUUUAUCUUCAGGCUGGGCUGUGGGCUGGCGCCGCAAGGACACACCGCAGUGGAGAAAGUGCUCAAGUCUUCUUUCUGAAGUCCUCCCUUAGAAGAGUCAGAGGAGAAAAGAAAGUCGCUGCUACGUGCCCAACUUAGGUCCACCUCUCUUGGGAGUAUACAGCAUUCUGAAGCUCGAGAAAGCAAGUAUUUAUGUCAGUUAACUAGGUAUAGGAGAGUGACCCAUAACUUCAGACACUUGCCUCAGAGCGAACCGUAGUAGUGAGGGGACAGGAUCAGAGGAUUUUUUGUCUUAUCAUGUACAGCAGAGCUUACAUCUUGCUAAAAAGAGAAUUCCAAGAGUUGAAGAACAACAAUUAUGAGGGUAUUACUGCCUUUCCUAUAAGUGAAGAUAUGAUGCAAUGGGAUGUUGACAUUGAAGGUCUACAGAAUACAAUUUGGCAUGGAGCAUUCUUCCAACUGAGAAUAAAUUUUACAUCAGAGUAUAAUUUUGUCCCUCCAGUUGUGAAAUUCAGAACAAUUCCUUUUCAUCCAAAUGUAGACCCACAUUCUGGCAAGCCCUGUAUAGAUUUUUUGGACAGCCCUCGUAAAUGGAAUAGAAGCUAUACAUUGAGCAGCAUCUUACUUACCCUCCAGGUUAUGCUUUCUAAUCCAGUGCUAGAAAAUCCAGUGAAUUUGGAAGCAGCCCAUAUACUGAUGAAAGAUGAAACUCUGUACAGACUAAUAAUUCUACGACUUUUCCACCGGCCGUUACCAUCAAAAGAUGAUGGUUCUGAGUCACCAAAAGAGCAAGAUAAACUUAACAGAUCAAUUAAAUCAGUCUCAUUUAGUGAUUACUACAAGACAUGGUCUGGAAUAGCCACAUCAAAAGCCACAGAAUAUUACAGAACUCCAUUUCUUAAAGAUCCGAAUUUCAUUAAACAGUAUUAUAAUUGGAGGAAAGAUGAUCUAAAACAUACUAAAGAAUGGAGUUUAAGGUAUAUUGCUGCCAUAUCUCGGAUUGCUAGAGAAAAUAUAAAGCCUCAGAAAGCCAAUUAUCAAACUGAAAGAAGUUAUGUCUGCAUACCUCCGAUUCAGACUUCUCCUGAUUCACAAACUGAAACAGAUAUUGUCGCAAAGAAGGACAAUAAAAAGGAGUGGUGGAAGAGAAAGCCGGCUGAAGUUAGUGUAAAGGAGCCAUGGGAAGAUGAAGUGGAUGAUCUGGUUGCCUGGACCAACUCCCUUGAUACAGAUGCUUUGGAAGAUUAAGCUCCAGGAUUUAAAAAAAUGAACAGCCUCAACCACAGCUCAGCUUCAUGGAGCAACUCUGGAAGACUCACAACUUUUCAAAUUUGUCUCAUCCUCUCACUGCAAGAACAAAUUAGAAAUAAAAGUGUGAA